CCCGCCUCCCGCUGGAUCCAUUGUAUUCCUCUCAUUCCGAGCCACAGCGAUUGGCUCGAGUGCGAGAGUGGACCGUGGGCGGUGCUACCAACUCAUCCCUUUAAAUAUAAACGUGUGUGAGAUUACCAGUCGUUCACCAAGGUCCGUCACAACUAGUUCACUUUGUUAACGCGGCUUUGGAACAAGUCGAAAUUAAUCAUAACCGGCCCAACAAUUUAUAGUAAUUGGUUGAGAUUCCAUUAACACUUAUUCGUGAAUUGCAACAAACAAGAGACACCGCGGUGGAUUACAUUUAUCAAUUUGUGAUUUGAUCCAUUGAGGGGGGUUUUUUUUCUCUUUUCAUUCGAGUUUAUGGAGUUGAUUGGUUGAGGAGUGAGUGAUUGGAACGAGUCUUCAUGAACCUUGUCGAUUAUUCGUGGCAAUCGGUUCUCGCGGAUUAUCCCAGGGAUUUCACUGAGGAAUUUGCACUUGAUUAUUGCCAGAGUGAUUGCGCUAUUAUGGAUGGAACGCCCUUUGAUGAUCCCAUUUUCUCGGACUUUGGGGGACGUUCGGGCACUGGGGUGCACAGCAUUCAGGUGAUGCUGGGGCUGCACGGGGCGCAUCAUGCGAAUGAUCUUAUUCCGCCGGGGGGCCAUCUGCAUAAGUUGGACUCAGCGGAGGAGUCGCCGCCCCAUCAUCAGGGGGGACAUCAUCUCCAGGCGCAGGGGCAUCAGGCGAAGGAGCUCAAGGAGCUGGAGCUCGCGGGAAUGUAUGCGCCUCUUGCCCAGGGGGACGUUAGCACCUCGAGCUCCAGCUCCAUCACUACCACCAGCACUGGACUCCAGCAGAGCAUGCAGAUCGGGGGGAGCAUCAAGAGGAAGGGGGAGGAUAAUAUCAAUUCUAUUGCACAAGGAACGAAUGAGACUCAGCCUGCGAAAAAGGACUCGAAGAAGAAGUCUAGUAACGAUGGAAUCAAGAAGAAAAAGACACGAACAACCUUCACGGCGUACCAGCUGGAGGAGCUCGAGCGUGCGUUCGAGCGUGCGCCCUACCCGGACGUCUUCGCCCGGGAGGAGCUGGCGCUGAAGCUAGCGCUCUCCGAGUCGCGCGUCCAAGUCUGGUUCCAGAACCGGCGCGCGAAGUGGCGGAAGCGCGAGCCGCCCCGGAAGACCGCGGGAUACAUGACAACGGGCGCGGGAAGUGGCGGUCUCUCCGGCUCCUUCACGUCCCUCAACAACAGCCUGAAUCCCUUCGCCUCGAGCACGAGCGUCGCCACCGCGACGCCCCCCGACGCCUGGGCCUACUCCCCCGCGUACGACCUCGCGCCCCACAUGAACCUCCUGAGCCCCUCGAGCUCCCCCUACUCGGGAUCCUUCGCUGGGCCCAGCAACAACGGCUCUGCCUACUCCUACGCGACGAUGCUGCCCCAGCACGACGCCUCCCUCUUCACGACCCCGAGUGGAAACACCAUGCGCGUCCACCAGGACUACAUGACUGCGAGCAACAACAGCCCCCCACCGUCAACCCUGACCCGAGCGGACUACCAGAACAUGGUCUCCGCGCACUCCCCGCAGCACUCCAAUCAUCUGAGCGCACCAGGUAGCAAUUCUCUGUCGGAGGACGAGCACCAGAACAAGCAGAUGGAGUACGUGGCUGGGCUGAGCCCAGCUGACAAGUACCACCACGACCAGUCUGACUACUCCUCCCAUCAGCCAGAGACUUCCCACAUCAAGCAGGAGUACAGCAUGCACUCACCCCCGUCCAGUGCACGCAAUAUCAAGAACGAAGUGAUGGUCAAGAGUGAGGGCUCUGGGCAGCAGAAUUACGUGCAACUUCCACCUUUUUUGAAUUAACGAGAACCCUCAGGAGGCGGGGGGGUUUCUAUCGCGAGAUGCAAUAAUGUGCCUUUGAGUUUUAUUGUUGAUGGGUGAGGAGAGAUUAGGGAACACUUGACUGGAUGAUAUGUAAUGCAUUCGGUGGAGAUGCCUUUUUAGUAGAAAAUUCUACUGCUGUUUUAUUUGUUUUUUUGGAUUUAUUUGAUGGGACAAAGGGAAUAGAGUCUCAGUCAAUAGAAUUUUUGUUGAAAAAGUGGCCACCGAAUAAGUGAAAAAUCAAGUCAAAUCGAAUUCAUAAAAUUGGAUUUCCUAUUGAAUUUUUUGAUUCGUGAGAACUUUUACGCAGAUGUUAUGUGAUAUUUCGGGGUUUUGGGAAUUGUUCGAUAGAAGGAAUUGAAUGGAUUUUAAUUCAAAAGAAUUUAUAUUAAAAAUCGCAAUAGAAUAAGUGGUAUCGAAAAAUCAAGAUCUAUUUACUUUUUCCUAUCCAAUAUUUACCAAAAAUGUCGAAAAUCUCAAUAGAAAUUUCGCUAAAAAUGAAUAAGAUUAUAUUUUCUACGGGAUUUUUGCAGUCCUGAGGGCUUUUGUUUAAGAAUUUAAUUGUCUUCGUCGAUUUGCAUGACAAAUGGAAAUAUUGAAUAGAAAGAAUCUAGUGAAAAUUUCCACAAAGUCAAUAGAUUUGUGAUGUUCCUAUACAAUUGAGGAUAUCCAAGUAUCUUUUACAGUUUGGUACAGACCAAACUAUAGAUUCAACAAUAUUCCAUUAUCCAAUUUGUCGAUUAAAUUACGUGAGACAAAUUUGAAAAAAAAAUCAUGAAUAUUCAUUCAAAUUACAUUUUGCACA